UUCCACCCGUUUCCAAGAGGAGAGAAAGAGAUAAGGCGCGCGCGUCCUCCCCCUCCCCGCUCACGACUCCACGGCCAUGAGCUCUUCUCCUCCCUGCCCGCCGCCGUCGCAGGCCACGUCGUCGUACGGGUGCUGCUGCCACCGCCCGCUCCUCGCGUCCACCUCCGCACCGGCGAGGAGCAGAGGCGCUCGCCUCACGCUCACGCUCCGCUCCCCAUCCCUCCCGCUUCCCGCCGGCCCUCUCAGCAGGUCGAGGAGCCGGAGGGUCGCAUGCCGUGCGGCCGACGAGCCCGGGCCACCAGCCGCCAGCAAUGGCGACGAGGAGAAAAAAGGGGCUGUUGAUGAUGAUGCUCCAUCGCCUCCAGCCGACGGUGUUGUCCAAGCAGAUGCAGAUGCAGAGACCGAUUCUGGUGCAGACAAUACGAAAGAUGAAUCCCCGAAUGCAGAGCCGCUAAACUCAGCUCUCACAUCGCUUCAGAACAUCGACCGGUAUGCUAAAGCAGCCGCUGACAGCGCUGCGCAGACGAAAGAUGAAUCCCCGAAUGCAGAGCCGGUAAGCGCCGCUGUCACAUCACUUCAGAACAUCGACCGGUAUGUCAAUGCAGCCGCUGACAGCGCCGCGCAGACGAAAGAUGAAUCCCCGAAUGCAGAGCCGGUAAGCGCUAGCGACACGGUUCGGAACAUCGACGGAGAUGCUACUGCAGCCGCUGACAGCGCUGCGCAGGAGCAGGUGGUGGAGGUUGAUGUUAAUGUUGCUAGUGGCUCCCCUUUGCCUGGAAUGAAGCAACAGCUUGAAGAAGCUGUGAGUAUCCCCAAGGCUACAGUAGACAUCCUAAAGGAUCAAGUCUUCAGUUUUGACACGUUCUUCGUGACCAGCCACGAGCCUUAUGAGGGUGGAAUACUAUUUAAAGGGAACUUGCGUGGUGUGCCAGCCAAAAGUUUUGAAAAGAUCACAACUCGACUAGAGAACAAAUUUGGCGAUGAAUUUAAGGUUUUUCUUCUCAUCAAUCCAGAGGAUGAGAAGCCAGUUGCAGUAGUUGUACCUAAGCAGACAGUGGAGCCUGCCACUGGAUCCGUCCCAGAGUGGGCUGCUGCUGGUGCAUUCGGAGUAGUUACCAUCUUCACUCUGCUGCUUCGGAAUGUACCUGUCCUUCAGGACAACUUGCUAUCAACAUUUGAUAACCUUGAGCUAUUGAAAGAUGGACUUCCUGGUGCCUUGGUAACUGGACUCAUAGUAGGGGUUCAUGAAAUUGGACAUAUCCUUGCUGCUAGGGAUGCUGGGGUCAAGCUUUCAGUACCAUAUUUUGUUCCUAGCUGGCAGAUAGGGUCUUUUGGUGGCAUCACCAGAAUAGUCAAUAUCGUCCGCAAUCGCGGGGACCUGCUCAAGGUAGCAGCUGCUGGACCGGUUGCGGGGUUUUCGCUCGGAUUUGGUCUUCUUCUGCUGGGCUUCACGUUACCUCCAAGUGACGGUCUUGGUAUCAUCGUAGAUCCCGCCAUAUUUCAUCAAUCAUUUCUUCUUGGUGGUCUUGCAAAACUUAUUCUUGGAGAUGUUCUAAAAGAAGGAACACAACUAUCCAUCAACCCACUGGUAUUGUGGGCUUGGGCUGGUCUCCUGAUCAACGCCAUCAACAGCAUCCCCGCAGGAGAGCUCGACGGCGGCCGCAUAGCGCUCGCCAUGUGGGGAAGAAAGGUAUCAUCCCGGCUCGGCAGCGUCACCAUUGCACUGCUCGGCCUCUCGUCGCUCUUCAGCGACGUGGCGUUCUACUGGGCGGUGCUCAUCUUCUUCCUGCAGAGGGGCCCGAUCGCUCCCCUCUCCGAGGAGAUAACAGAACCCGAGAACAGCUACAUUGGCCUCGGCGUCGCCAUUUUGUUCUUGGGGCUCCUGGUCUGCCUGCCCUACCCGUUCCUCUUCGACCCUUCGCAAGUUACUGAUUUCGACUUCUGACAGAAGAGUUUCGAAACUCGCCGCGGCUUCUCUUCCUCCAACUGUAUCUGUGAGAUGUCUUGCCAUCUUCGCGAUUCCUUGUGAUCAUAAGAAUAGCUUGGAGCCUUUGAUGCUCAAGUGCUCCUUGCAGUAGCAAAAUAAAAAGCAGGAGUUUUUUCUUGUGGUAGCUAGUGAAAGUUCACCUUGUAUCAGAGUAGAACAAUGUAGUCCAGUUCAUUGCUCCGGCUGUAACUGUCCAUCUGUUCAAUUCUGCUGAUGAGUUCAUGACAGAUUUUUGCAA